AUUCAUACAUCGGACUGUGCUCGGAAGAGGACAGUUUUUAUUUCUUCAUCCCAUUACCAGUUCUUCUUUUGAUAUUGACGUUUCUUCAGGCUCAUUACAAGAUGGAAGAGAACGUGUAAACAGACUGUAUACCUAGUUAGAAUUACGAGCCAUAAACACAAGUGGACUUCAAGUGGAACUUUUAAAAAAGAAGCUUCAAUCUACCAACACAGACAUUUGGUACACUUAAAUAUUCUGACUGGUCCUUUCUGUUAGCUGUUUAAAAGGGCAGUCGCCCUCAUCAUCAAGAUGCCCACCACGUCGAACGGCAAGUCCUCGGGCGUCGGGGGUUUCAUCUCGGCCCUGCCUGCGGACCUGAUCGACAAUGCUGCCCUCGCGGAGAUUGACGUGGACGAAGGGGUGGAGCUCGUUCCGGAGGUAUCGUACCGUGACCUGAAGAAGAAGAAGAAGGGCGUCGCCAAGUACAAGGACCCGCUGAAGGUGUUUUAUCCCGUCAGGAGAAAGCCUAAAGAAGAGAACUACUCCCCCCUCGACCAUUAUGGACUGUUCUCCUUCCUGACUGUCAACUGGUUGACGAAACUUUUUGUGAAAGCAGUGAAGAAUAAUAUUGAAUUUGACGAUCUCUACGACCAAUCGGAACUGGACUCUGGAUACCUGAAUGGACUGAGGUUUGAGAAGAUGUGGGACGAGGAGGUCGCUAAGGUCGGUCAAGAGAAGGUCAGCAUGGGUAAAAUAGCCCUGAAGUUUGUCCGGACUCGUCUCGUCAUCAUCAUCACUGCUCUUAUUGGAUACGCCGGUUGUCUCAUUGUCAUUUCUUCUUUCCUCGUUCAAGAGCUGCUCAUAUUCUGCGACGAAGUGGAGGCUCCCAUGUCCCGCGGCUACAUCCUGGUCUGUAGUAUCCUGGCGGUCAACAUCAUCCGUGUCAUGUGUGACGUGGUAUUCUGGAUGACCUCCAUGCGGACGGCCACCAGGCUCAGGAGUGGUAUCCUGUCCUUUGUCUUCAAGAAGAUAGCCAGGCUGAGGAACCUGCAGGAUAGGAGUGUAGGAGAGAUCGUCAACAUCUGCGCUAACGACAGCCAGCGUCUCUUUGACGUCUGCGUCUACGGUAAUUUCCUCUUCGUCUCCAUCGUCCUCAUCCUCGCCGUGCUGGUAUCAGCGUCCCUGAUCAUCGGUUGGGCUGCUAUCUGUGGUGUCCUCCUAACCUUCAUCUUCUUCUGGCCUCUUCAGAUGAUCUUUGGUAAGAUCACAUCAAUCCUCCGUGAUCGCUGUAUCUCGGUGACUGAUGAACGCGUCCAGAAGAUGAACGAAGUACUGACCUACGUGAAGCUCAUCAAGAUGUACGCCUGGGAGGUACCCUUCUCAAAAGCAAUUUCAGCUAUCAGGAACUUGGAGCGGUCUCUGCUGGAGAAGGCUGGUUACAUGCAGAGCUUCAGUCUCUCCAUCUCCCCCAUCACACCUAACAUUGCAACCGUUCUCACCAUCGUCAUCUUCCUCUCUUCAGACUACGAUGAACCACUCACAUCCACAAAUGCUUUCACCUUAGUGGCCAUUCUAAAUACCCUCAGGGCUGUGAUCGGUCCCACCCCUUGGGCCAUCCGAUCACUCGCAGAGGCAAACAUUGCCCUCGGUAGGCUAAAGAGUGUCUUUGUGAUGGACGAGCAGAACCCUCUAGACAUCCUCCCAAGGAACGAUAAGUACGCCGUCAUCAUCCGAAACGGAGUGUUCGGUUGGGAUAGGCUGGAGAGCGGAGAGCAGGAAGAGGAGGAAGAGGAGGAGAUCAAACUGAAGAGUAGAGCCAUUGAGAACGGCGCCAACAACAACGAAAGGAAGGUGGCGUACGUCCAUACAAGGGAGGUCAACCUGCAGGUUGACCUUGACGAGGAAGCGCCCUCCAAGAAGUCUGCCAUCACCAUCAUCGAGCCAGAGAAACCACAUGGCAAUGCGGAUGCGGGUAAGAAGGCCAACGAACAAGGCAAGAGAUUCAGCAUCGCUACCAAGCCAGUCUCCCUGGCCGAGGCCGGUCUGGAUACGGUUGCCGUCGAUAAACUCAUCCAGAAGAGCAAAGUUCAUCCAAGACGCCAAAUUCCUGACGACAAGGUCUCUAAGGUGCUCUUCGGGAUCAACUUUGCUCUGGAAAAGGGUAAACUGACCGGCGUCUGCGGUACCGUCGGAGCGGGCAAAACCUCCCUCAUCUCGGCCAUCCUCGGACAGAUGCACAACAUGGAGGGCGACAACUGCGUCCAGGGCGCAUUCGCCUACGCCGCCCAGGAGGCCUGGAUCUUCAACGCCACGGUCAAGAACAAUAUUCUCUUUGGAAUCCCGUUUGACGAGGACAGAUACGAUAUGGUCUUGGACGCUUGCUCCCUCAAACCCGAUCUGGCUAUUCUACCAAUGGGAGAUCAAACCGAGAUUGGAGAACGUGGUAUCAACAUGAGCGGAGGACAGAAGCAACGUAUCAGUCUGGCGAGGGCGCUAUACUCAGACCGUGACAUCUAUCUCCUUGACGACCCUCUCAGUGCCGUGGACGCCCAUGUUGGUCUUCAUAUCUUCACACAUUGCAUCAGCACUGCCCUCAAGGGAAAGACUGUACUCUUUGUUACUCAUCAACUUCAAUACUUGAAGGACUGUGACCUCGUCAUGACAAUGAUGGACGGCCGCAUCGUCGAGCGCGGUCACCACGACGAGCUCAUGUCCGUGGACGGCGUCUACGCAAACCUGAUCAACACCUUCCACUCCAAGCAGGAGGCGGCGGACCUGGAAGACCUUGAGAACCCCGAGGCCGAUGAGGACAUGCCGGAGCAGGAGGAAUCGAUGGUGGAGAGACGAGAGAGGGCGCAAUCCCAGCUUAGCUCUCGGUCCAGGGCGUCCAGCUUCAUCGCGGACGCGGCUCCGGAUCCAGAACCAGCUGUAGCAGUCACUGAUGGUAAACUGAUGUCUUCGGAGGAUAAGAGCACAAAAUCUGUUGGCUGGGGCACCUACGGCACCUACAUCAAAUCGAUGGGCGGCUAUCACAUGGGAUUCCUCGUACUCUUCUGUUUUAUCCUCAUGUUUGGCUCCAUUACACUCAACAACAUGUACCUCACUUACUGGCUUAACCAAGGAAACGGGACUGACCCUGACGGUGACAUUGGUUUGAAUCCUGACGCUCAGAAAUAUCAGUUGAUCUACGGCCUCUCUCUCAUUGUUAUCAUGAUGUUCGGAGCAUUCAAGAGUCUUGUCUUUAUGAAGGUAACGCUGAAAGCUGCCUCUCACAUGCACGACACUGUCUUCAUCAACGUCUUCCGCUCACCGAUGAGUUUCUUCGAUACCACGCCCACUGGUCGUAUUCUCAACAGAUUCUCCAAAGAUUUGGACGAAGUUGAUGUGCUGUUGCCUUUCAACCUUGAACUCUUCCUCCAAAACAUCUUCCUCGUCUCCUUCGCCCUCAUCGUGAUCUGCAUCAUCUUCCCCAUCUUCAUCGCAAUCAUCAUCCCGACCUUCAUCAUCUUCAUCAUCAUCCUGCGCUACUACCGCAAGGGCAUCCGCGAUCUCAAGCGGAUCGAGAACAUCACCCGCUCGCCGUGGUUCUCGCACAUCUCCGCCACCGUCCAAGGCCUCUCCACGAUCCACGCCUACAACAAGACGGACGACUUCAUCGUCAGGUUCCGCAUGCUGCUCGACGGGAACGCCCUGCCGUACAUGUUCUUCAGGAUGUCUGCUCGGUGGGCUGGCGUGAGGCUGGAGACUCUUGUCAUCCUUCUCGCUUUCGUCGCUCAUCUCCUUGUGGUCUUGUACCACGGUGAGAUCGAUUCUGCAACGGCAGGUCUUGCUGUGUCAUACACCGUUCAGUUGACGGGUAUGUUCCAGAUGUUGGUUCUCAUGGCCUCAGAAACAGAAGCUCGCUUCACAUCAGUAGAAAGAAUCCAGAGCUACAUGAAGAAUCUUGUUGCAGAGGCACCCAGGGUAAUCAAGAACAAACGCCCGGCCAAGCAAUGGCCAGAUCAGGGUCAGAUAGAGUUCAGAGACUUCAAGAUGCGCUACAGGGAUGGGCUCCCUCUUGUGUUGAAGGGCGUCAAGCUCGUCGUCAAACCCAAUGAGAAGGUUGGCAUCGUGGGCAGGACAGGAUCAGGUAAAUCGACCCUUGGAGUUGCCUUGUUCCGAUUGGUAGAGGGCGCCAGUGGGCAGAUCAUCAUUGACGGAAUCGACGUAAAGCAGAUCGGUCUUCACGAUCUUCGUUCUAAGCUCUCCAUCAUCCCUCAAGACCCUGUUCUCUUCAUCGGAACAGUCAGGUAUAAUUUGGAUCCUUUCAAUGAGCACGGUGACAAAGAGCUCUGGGAGGCUCUGGAGAGAUCCUACAUGAAGGACAGGAUCAGUGCGCUUGAGAGUCAGUUAGAAGCUCCGGUAACAGAAGGUGGCGAUAACUUCUCAGUAGGAGAGAGGCAGCUCAUGUGUAUGGCGAGGGCUCUGCUGAGAGGCAGUAAGAUCUUGAUGUUGGAUGAGGCUACAGCAGCUAUCGAUACGGAGACAGAUUCCUUGAUCCAGCAGACAAUUAGAGAAGAGUUCAAAGAUUGUACCAUGCUCACAGUUGCACACAGACUCAACACCAUCCUCGAUUCAGAUAAAGUACUGGUUAUGGACGAUGGAAUGGUUGCGGAGUUUGAUAAGCCAAGCAACCUCCUCGCCAAUCCCAACUCUCUAUUCAGUGGUAUGGUGGCAGCAGCUGAAUCAGCCCAGAAUCGUUAAACAUGACCCUUUGACCGCCGUCAUGAAGGUCAUCUCAUGUCACAUCCAUUAUAUGAUGACCUCAACAAGGUCAUCUAUUGAUAUGUACUUUAUAUGGGCUGGUAUUCAGAACUAGUGAUGUAUGUUGAAGAUCGUUGCAUUGCAGCUCCUUCAUAUGAAGUUAUUUGUGUAAAAUAAGAUAGUCCAAAGUUUCUUCUGAAGUUUUUAAACUAGCCAAGUUGAAUUAGACUUGAAUGCCACAUAUUUUGUGAGUAAAUGUAUGCUUUACAUGUAUGAAAUUCUUGUUAAAUCUAUGCAGCAAAAGAUGGAAAACUUAAAUUAAGUCCAAAAAAGAAUGGGGCCAAACAUAUAGACAGUAUAUAAUGAGAAAGCUCAAAUAAACAUGUUUUUCUUGUUUUCUUGUUUGUUUUUGGAAGAACACCACUAUUGGUGAAAAUGUAUAAAAGUCAGAAAUAAAUAAAUUAAAAAAUGCCAACUAAUAAUCGUUUCAUUGCUAUUGCCUUUUUCUGUUGUUGGAUUCCUUUUUUCCACAAAAAAAUGCAGUUUUAUCUUUGUAAUUGUUCAGUAAUCAAAGAAUUUCUGAUAUGUAUAAACCAUGAAAAUUUUAUGGAAACCACCUGUAGAAUAUGAGGUAAACUUUCAAAUGCCUACAGACGCAGAACUAGAGAUAACAAAUGAUGAAUAUAAAGUAUUAUCAAGCAGUGUAUAUGCUUUGAAGAAUGGUGUUUGCGCUCUAAUUCUUUUAAAUAUUAACAGAAGUUCUGUUUAUUUUUGCAUACUACAAGAGAGAAUAGAAGUAUAUUUUGAAACAUGUGACGUAUGAUGGCAAUGUUGCCUUAAUAUUUCUAUAUUUGUAUCUUUUGAAAUCAGCAGGAUUCACAUAUAACGUGUCAAUUUUGAUAAAAAGCAGCCCAAUUUUCUGUUACUAUUAUCAUGGACUGGGCUUUUAUCUUCUGCCCACAAUGUGAGAGUUCCAUCAUCUCAGCGUGGGAUUUAUUGAAAUUCCAAUCCUCCCAUUUUCUUCUCCUUCCAAUCUUAGAUAUUCUUUGAGCAGUAUUCAAGUACUUCAAUAUUCCAUGAACACAAAAUGAUAGUAUUUAUACAUUCUUAAAUUUGUAAAAGCUUCUGUACAAUACAAUCAACUUCAAGGGAAUGAAACAAUGAAUUAAGAAUAAUGAAAUGCCAAAUUUAUAUUUGAACUCUCAAGAAAGUACGCAAUAUUUAUAUUGUUCUUAUUUCGAUGACUAUGUAUACUUCAACAAGAAGCUAAUGAUGUAUUGUACGAUUGUGUGUUCAAUUGUUUGUAUAUAUUGUAACAGAGAAAGAGAAAUUAUGGAAUUGGUAUAUUCUUUUUAUUCGAUUGUAUAAGAAGAUAUGAAUGUAAAGUUGAAUGGUGCUGUCUCCAGAUAUACGUGUAUGAGAUAAUAAAUUAUGAGAACAAGAA